GCUGAAGGUGUAGACAGAAAGUGAAAGGGGGAAAAGCGCCACAGAUACUCCCUAUUUGUGAGAUAGCUGCCAGGAGACUGCCCGCCCCAAGCUCCUAGGAGCCACGGAGCUGGCGGCAGGGAGACUGCAUGCAGGCAGCACUCAGAAGCACGGGGCACAGCCACAGCCGCGGUGUGUGUACAUGUGGGCAUGCAUGAGAAUGUGACUGUAGGUGACUGCAGAGGUCAAAGGCAUUUGAUGCUCUGGGGCUGGAGUUUCAGGAGCUGUGCGUGAUCUGACAUCGGUGCUGGGAUCCAACCUCAAGCCCUCUGCAAGAGAAGCAAGUGCCCCUAACCACUGAGGCAUCUCUUCGGCCCCAGCCUCACUUGUUAUUCAGCAUCAUCAGGGAGCAAGUGUGAGACCAUAGUCUGUGUGCCACCAUGGAUCUGGGAUCUCCAGAGGGCAGCUACCUGGAACUCCUUAACAGUGAUGCCGACCCCCUACAUCUCUACCACCUCUAUGACCAGAUGGACCUGGCUGGGGAGGAGGAGAUCGAACUCAGCUCAGAGCCAGACACAGAUACCAUCAACUGCGACCAGUUCAGCAAGCUGUUGCAGGACAUGGAACUGGAUGAAGAGACCCGGGAGGCCUAUGCCAACAUUGCGGAACUGGAUCAGUACGUGUUCCAGGAUACCCAGCUCGAGGGCCUGAGCAAGGACCUCUUCAUAGAGCACAUUGGAGCAGAGGAAGGCUUUGGUGAGAACAUAGAGAUCCCUGUAGAAGCAGGACAGAAGCCUCAGAAGAGACGCUUCCCGGAAGAGCAUGCUAUGGACUCAAAGCACAGGAAGCUAGUGCCCACCUCUAGGACCUCACUGAACUAUUUGGAUCUCCCCACUGGGCACAUCCAGAUCUUCACCACUCUGCCCCAGGGACUCUGGCAAAUCUCAGGGGCUGGCACAGGUCUCUCCAGUGUCCUAAUCUACCACGGUGAGAUGCCCCAGGUCAACCAAGUGCUCCCUUCAAGCAGCCUCAGUAUCCCCAGUCUCCCCGAGUCCCCAGACCGGCCUGGCUCCACCAGCCCCUUCACACCAUCUGCAGCUGACCUGCCCAGCAUGCCCGAACCUGCGCUGACCUCCCGUGUAAAUGAGACAGAGGACACAUCUCCCUCCCCAUGCCAAGAGGGUCCCGAGUCUUCCAUCAAGCUUCCAAAAUGGCCAGAGGCUGUGGAGCGAUUCCAGCACUCCCUACAGGACAAAUACAAGGCAUUGCCCCAGAGCCCAAGGGGUCCUCUGGUGGCCGUGGAGCUGGUACGGGCCAGGCUGGAAAGAGGCAGCAACAAGAGCCAGGAAAGGGAGCUGGCCACUCCCGACUGGACAGAGCGCCAGCUAGCCCACGGUGGUCUGGCAGAGGUACUUCAGGUUGUCAGUGACUGCAGGCGACCAGGAGAGACACAGGUGGUCGCUGUGCUGGGCAAGGCUGGCCAGGGAAAGAGCCACUGGGCCAGGACAGUGAGUCACACCUGGGCAUGUGGCCAGUUGCUACAAUAUGACUUUGUCUUCUAUGUCCCCUGUCAUUGCUUGGAUCGUCCCGGGGACACCUACCACCUGCGGGAUCUGCUCUGUCCCCCGAGCCUGCAGCCACUGGCCAUGGAUGACGAGGUCCUUGAUUAUAUCGUGAGGCAGCCAGACCGUGUUCUGCUCAUCCUAGAUGCUUUCGAGGAGCUAGAGGCCCAAGAUGGCCUCCUGCACGGACCCUGUGGAUCUCUGUCCCCAGAGCCCUGCUCCCUCCGAGGACUGCUGGCUGGGAUCUUCCAGCGGAAGCUACUGCGAGGCUGCACACUGCUCCUCACAGCCCGGCCCCGGGGCCGCCUGGCUCAGAGCCUGAGCAAGGCAGAUGCCAUCUUUGAGGUGCCCAGCUUCUCUACCAAGCAGGCCAAGACUUACAUGAGGCACUACUUUGAGAACUCAGGGACAGCGGGGAACCAAGACAAGGCCCUGGGCCUCCUGGAGGGCCAGCCUCUUCUCUGCAGCUAUAGUCACAGCCCUGUUGUGUGCAGGGCUGUGUGCCAGCUCUCCAAGGCCCUGCUAGAACAGGGCACAGAGGCCCAGCUACCUUGUACACUUACAGGACUCUAUGUCAGCCUGCUAGGUCCUGCAGCUCAGAACAGUCCUCCCGGAGCCUUAGUCGAGCUGGCCAAGCUGGCCUGGGAGCUGGGACGAAGACACCAAAGCACCUUGCAAGAAACCCGGUUUUCAUCCGUGGAGGUGAAAACCUGGGCAGUGACCCAAGGCUUGAUGCAGCAGACCCUGGAGACCACGGAGGCUCAACUGGCCUUCUCCAGUUUUCUGCUACAGUGUUUCCUGGGUGCUGUGUGGCUGGCACAGUGCAAUGAAAUCAAAGACAAGGAGCUGCCACAGUACCUGGCCUUGACUCCGAGGAAGAAGAGACCCUAUGACAACUGGCUGGAGGGUGUACCACGCUUUCUGGCUGGAUUAGUUUUCCAGCCUCGAGCCCACUGCCUGGGAGCUCUGGUGGAGCCUGCAGUGGCUGCAGUGGCGGAUAGGAAACAGAAGGUUCUUACCAGGUACCUGAAGCGCCUGAAGCUGGGGACACUCCGGGCAGGGAGGCUGCUGGAGCUGCUCCACUGUGCCCACGAGACACAGCAACCUGGGAUAUGGGAGCAUGUUGCACACCAGCUCCCUGGCCACCUCUCCUUCCUGGGCACCCGGCUCACACCCCCAGAUGUGUAUGUGCUGGGCAGGGCCUUGGAGACAGCCAGCCAGGACUUCUCCUUGGACCUUCGUCAGACUGGCGUUGAGCCUUCUGGACUGGGAAACCUCGUGGGACUCAGCUGUGUCACCAGUUUCAGGGCCUCCUUGAGUGAUACAAUGGCAUUAUGGGAGUCCCUUCAGCAGCAGGGAGAAGCCCAGCUACUCCAGGCGGCAGAGGAGAAGUUCACCAUUGAGCCAUUUAAAGCCAAAUCCCCAAAGGAUGUGGAAGACCUGGAUCGUCUCGUGCAGACCCAGAGGCUGAGAAACCCCUCAGAAGAUGCAGCCAAGGAUCUUCCUGCCAUCCGGGACCUUAAGAAGCUAGAGUUUGCGUUGGGCCCCAUCUUGGGCCCCCAGGCUUUCCCCACACUGGCAAAGAUCCUUCCAGCCUUCUCUUCUCUGCAACACCUGGACCUGGACUCACUUAGUGAGAACAAGAUCGGAGACAAGGGUGUGUCGAAGCUCUCAGCCACCUUCCCUCAGCUGAAGGCCCUGGAGACGCUCAACUUGUCCCAAAACAACAUCACUGAUGUGGGUGCCUGCAAGCUUGCAGAAGCUCUGCCAGCCCUAGCCAAGUCCCUCCUAAGGCUGAGCUUGUACAAUAACUGCAUCUGUGACAAAGGAGCCAAGAGCCUGGCACAAGUACUUCCGGACAUGGUGUCCCUGCGUGUGAUGGAUGUCCAGUUCAACAAGUUCACGGCUGCCGGUGCCCAGCAACUGGCCUCCAGCCUUCAGAAGUGCCCUCAGGUGGAAACACUGGCAAUGUGGACACCCACUAUCCCCUUUGGGGUUCAGGAACACCUGCAGCAGCUGGAUGCCAGGAUCAGUCUGAGAUGACCCUGCUGUACUCUGGACAAGAAUGUACUCUGGGAACACUGACCAUGCUGGACCUUGAACUGGGUACUGUGGACUCAGCUUUUCUGUGGGCCAUAGCCCAUAAGAGUCAACAUCCCAUCACCCUGCCCCUGCAGGCUCAGAGUUGGGCCCUGCCUACACGAGGAAAGGACACAAGUCUUGCUCUUCUGAAGGCCCCAAGACCAGCUCCAGGCCCUUACAGCACCAGGUACAAAGACAGCCCCACUCUGCGGCCGUGAGCGCUGGUAGACAGAACUGGGGCUGCCUUCCGUGGGUUCACCCGGGAGGACAAAGGCCUUCUCUUCGACACUCCAGGACAGAACGAGGAACAGAAGCAUCCAAGUGCCUGCUUGUCCAGACCAGGGCCAGCCUGGUGAGAAAGCAUGUCUUCCUGCUGCUCCCAACAGGGCCACCUAGAGGCUCUGAAGACGCUAAGGGCAACACUGGCCUGCAAAUCUCUAGAUGUGACAGGGAGCCUAUGGUAGCUCUUUCUACUUGUGGCACUGUUUCCAUAAACUUUAGGUCAAAGCUGAGUCGGGCCUGGCCCAGACCCUGGGUGUGAACCAAAAGGCAGGGAGUGGUCUGCUUCGGGGCUGUGGCGGGGAGUUCUUCUGGCUUCACCUUCACGGUCACUACACUUAAAAUGCAUCAGCUACGUUCACUGAAGCUCUGGGGCUUGGUUUAUCCCACAAGUCCCAUCUGGGGACAUCUUCUGCCCCAUCUAAUGCAAAACAAAACAAAACGAAACAAAACAAAACAAAACAAAACAAAACAAAACAAAACAAAACCAAACCAAACCAGCCGAACUAUAAUAACUUGAAACAAUCCACACUCCGCUGGCCAGGCAGGCUCAGCAGUGCCCACCAACCCAGAAGUCAGGCUGGAAUCAUCUUGAGUGUGGGUCUAGCAUGUGACACAAGUUGCUGUCUGGGAGCCCUGAGUCCUUAAUGGGACAGCUGGCUGGGGCUUGCCCUCCCCGUAGCAUUAUAGUUAUGUUAUAGGGGGGACACCCAGAGAGGAGAAAGUGAGGAGCCCGGCCAGCAGAGACAGUCUGUAGACUGCUCAGAGCAGGGCUCAAAGCCACACAGUAUUGUUUCUACAACACUCUGCAUGCGCCCGUGUGCCCACCAUACAGCCCACCACUGCCUAGAUCCUGUCUUCACUGCAAAGAUCUUUGUAGCUUCCAAAGAUGCAGUGAAAAGUUCUUACUCCUGCACCCGAGGACUGAAGCAGUGACCACUGUACAGAGUGGAGUGCUCUCUCCUACUGCCCUGCUGCAUCCUGGGAGCAGUUCUGUAUAGCCACAUUGGUCAGCCUUGGCUACAGCUAGCCCAAAAGGGCUUGGCAGCACCAGUGCCGCUGCUCCUGUUUCCUCUGGGACACCCCCUUUGAGCUCAGGCACCACCCAUCCCUCCAUCGAGACAGUGACAGCUUGCUUUCUUGUCUUGGCAGAGGGAGCUGUGUGGCUCCACCAUGCCAGCCCUGAUGCCAGCAGGACUGGCACAUCCUAGGAAGUGGGAGCUGGGCUAGAGGGCCUGGGGCCGGGGUGGUCUGCAUGGCUGCUGGGGGCGAUUCUUAAAGAGACAGGUCCAGCUGCAGCUCAGGCUUACAUUAUGAACUGUUAGGACCUUGGGCUCAGGGUGGCACAUGGAAGUCCCAUUUCUGUGGCCACCAGGGACAGCACUGAGGCACUCUCCAAGGCAGGCAUCUGCUGUACCUGUCAGGAGAAAGGCAGAUCUGUAUCGCUCGCUGCCUUUGGUCUGUCUGGAAAUGCCAAAAAAUGUCUCUCAUUACUCUGUGUUGAUGAUGGCUGCCAUCUUUUAAUGAGCUGAUUAGGUAAGGCACUCACUAUAGUGCUGGGGACAUCACUGAUUCUUGAUCCUGUGUGCUGGGAAGCGUCUUAGGCCCUUUGGCCUGCAUCUUAGGCCCUUGGAAGCAUCAAGGGCCUAAGAUGCUUCCAAAACUGCAAAACACCAACUCCUGGCUGAGCUGCCUGGUUUCAUGCUCCAUUUUGACAUAUACACAAGGCAAGUUUCUUCUGUGCCUUAGCUUCCUUAUCUGUAAAAUGGGCAGAGUCACAGUAUCUUCUCUCCUGGGUUAUGUAAAGGCUCAAUGUGGAAACAAUAUUAAUAAAAUGGGUCAGCAAAAUGGCUGAGGGAAUAAAGCAAGCCUGGUGACCCGAGCUUGGUUCCCAGGACCACACUACGGAAGGGAGAACUAACAAGUUCCCCUCUGGAAGUUUCUGUGCACUGCGUAUGUACUGGAGCUACGGUGGUUGUGAGCCUCUGUGUUGGUGCUGGGAAGAGAACUCAGGUCCCCUGAGAAGGCAGCAAGUGCUCUCAAUCACUGAGCCAUUUCUCUAGCCCAUUUAAAAAACAAAAAACAAAAAACAAAAACAAAAAAAAAACGAGUUGAAGCCAAUGCCUGGCACAGGGGUUCUGACAGCCUCUUGUGGACUCCACGGGCACUGUGUGGGCUCAGUGCACAGGCAUACAAAUAAAUCUUGAAUACAUAAAGGUCAUGUGUGGUGGCAUACACCUUUAACCCCAGCACUUAGAAAGCAGAGGUAGGCAGAUCUCUGUGAAUUCAAGGCCAGCCUGGUCUAUGUUACACAGGGAGGCCCUGUCUUAACAAAUAAAACUCCAACACACAGCUCAAUGCAGGAGUUCUCAGCCUUUCUUUCACCCUGUGGUUUAUUCCUGCCUCUCCCUGGAAUGUCCCUUCCCAGACUCUAUGCGGCUGACUUCCUGCAGGACUCUGUGGGACGGACCCUCCUGCAGCUCUGUCUCUUGUCCCUCUGUGCCUCACUCUCCAACCCCACCUCAAUAUUUUCUUUUUCAAACUUUUGUCUGUGUAGGAUGUGAGCUCUAGGGAAGCAAGGGAUCUGUCUGCUUUGAUCAUCCCUGGUCGCUCUACACCCAGUCAGGAGCCUUGUCCAUAGUAGGUGCACAGUAAAUGUGAGAAGGAUGGUUAAUCCUUUGCACAGCCUCAUGUUAGGUAUUCCUACACACCUGUUGUAGGCAAUGCUGCCCUAAUUGCACACAGCUUUGGGGCGGGGCUACAACUGUAUUCUAAACUAGGUUAGACUAGGGAAGAGGACUCCAUUUUUUGUGGUUUUUAGAGACAGGAUCCACACACGUGAACAAGAUGUUCUAGGUUCCUGUGCUGGAAAUCUUGCAUCUUAGCAAACUUAAGUGAGCUGCUGGGUGUGACUGGCCAGGCUGUGCACUGCACAAAGGCUCCUGGGCAGUGGACACACUAGGGUUGCACCAGAGUGGGGCCUGGAGUAGAACAGCAGCAAUUUAGAGAACCUUUUGGUAAUUAGCAUGGUGCCAUCUCGGGGGUAGGUUAAGUUGUGGGUUCCAAGUUAGAAAGUUGGCAUUCAUGGGGAAUGCCAAUGUAUUAGCUUUGCUGUGACCCCUGUGAAGGAUCUCUGUGGGUAUGGGCAUGACAUGCUAGAAUAGGUUACCAGGCCCCACUUGUGAUGCGUAAAAUUCUGGGGGGAUCGGCAGUCUGCCCAUGUAAUACACUUUCAAUCUAAGUCUCUCCUCAGGCCCUGACUUUCUUCCAGGCCUUUCUCCAAGGAUGACUCUUUUCCUGUUAUGUGUGGCUGUCCUUGGAGCCAAAAAACCCUGCCAUCUUGGGAAAUUCAGCUGCACAAAAUUCAAAAUUCCCUGUUGCAAAAAGCUCAUCCCGUCAUGGAGGCAAGGAGGGCCACAGGCUCCUCCCAUGAGUCCUCAAGCACUCACACCUGUUGUAGGCAAUGCUGCCCUAAUUGCACACGGCUUUGGGGCGGGGCUACAACCGUAUUCUAAACUAGGUUAGACUAGGGAAGAGGACUUCAUUUUUUGUGGUUUUUAGAGACAGGAUCCAAUGUAGCCCAGGCUGGCACCUAACUGGACACAUAGCUGAGGAUGACCUUGAACUUCUGAUUCUUUUGUCUCUGCCUCUGGAAUGCUGGGAUAUUGACAUAAACCACUGUGCCUGUUUUAUAUGAUGCUGGGGCCUAGAGCUUUGUGCAAGCCUGGUAAGCAUUCUAUCAAAUGAAUUAUAUUCCCAGCCUCUUCCCCAUUCUUUAUUUUAAGGUGUCAUUAUAUAGCCCUUGCUGGCUUGGAACUCACUUUUAAGACCUGGUUAGGCGUGUGGGGCAGGCAAGGUUAGAGAUCUGCCCGCCUCUGCUUCCUGAGCACUGGGAUUGAAUGUGUGCGCCACUACGCCCACUCCUUCCCUCCUCCUUAAUGGAGGUGUAUCCUAGGCUCUCUGUGUGGGACAGCACGCAGUCACUUCUAUGAGACUCAGACCCAGGGGCUUUCAGAAGGCGAGAGAAGGCAGCCUUUCUAGAGUGAGUUCCCUAGUCUCUGACUGCAUCUCCAGCAAACUGUCAACCAUGAUGCCCCAUCUCCAAAACACACACACACACACCAGCAACAGACAAGGCAAAGGAAAUUGGAGUUGCUUACAUUUUUUUAAUGAAAUAAGUCAGCCUCUAAGUAUUGCUUUUACAGGUUUAUGGAAAUCAAGGAUCUACACCAUUCACACUAUGCGCACCACUCACACUUCCAAAAAUAGAUUUCUAGCCAGGGAAGCAUGGCCUUCCCAGUGCAGUAUCUCAGUUCUGUCAACCUGGAGAGGUUAACCCCUGCCUGGCCCUGGCAUAGCCCUCCUCAGAGUGACUCCCUGAAACUACGAUCAACAGUCUUGGGUCUGCAGUCUUCCCAGCUUAAGGUCAACCGGCAUCAAGCAAUGCCGACAGAGUGGCCUGAGAAUGAGCCCAUUUGUCACUUCAGCUCUCCAUGUCCUUCCCAGAGGUUAAGUGGGGGAGGCAGGUGCAGCUGGGGAUGAAGUGCAGAGAGGUGACGUCUGGUUGGGUGCCUGUAAACAUCCAUCACAAAGGUGGCGAGUCACAACCAGACCCAGGACAGUGGAGAGCCGGGUGGCAGGCGAGCGGGGCCUUCGGAGGGCCUGGACACUCCCUGUCCCUGCGCCGAGUCCUCAUUUCUCCUGGCAGACACCUGGGUUGGGGCAGGAACCCUGUUGUUGGCAUGAGCAGGCCUAAUCAAGAAGACAAAGGACAGUCAUCAACAGGGCCAAGGCACCUCUGGCCAGGGCUGUCCCCCCCCAACCCCCCCGGGGCUUGGGUGGGGCUCGGAAGCCCUGCUCUCACCCUUAGGUUCUAGACUCUCCAGAGCCCCGCGCUCAGGCUGGGGAAGCUUUUCCUCUAUCGUCCUUCCUUCCUUUUAAAAAUAAUUUCUCAUUGUUUUUAAAUUUAUCUAUGUUUUAAAAAAUUAUCUAUUUUUUAUUUUA